UUAAAUUUUUAAAGUGUUACGCGGGAACGGUACAAUACGUAAUGGAGAAGGAAGAUAGAGAGUUAGUUUAUAAGACGGAAAAUGCUUCUGAAGAAAUUGUUGAAAAUGAUAAUGUUUCAAAUGAAGAAAAACAAGAGCAAGAAGCAAAAAUUACAGGUCCUAUUUCAAAGAGUAAAUCAUGUACUGGUCCUAAAAAGUUGACUAAUAGAAAAGUUACUGUAAUUAAAGAGAAACAAAAGACAAUUUUCACUCAGUCUUCAAAAGUUAAGAAUGCAAAAUAUAUUGCUAAGAAAUCAGAAGUUAAAAUUCCAAAGAAUAAAUUAGGUGUUCAAGUAGUGACAAACAAGAACAAGCUGGAAGAAAAACUGAAAUCUGAUGAAAAUGAUAACACUGAUGUCUUAUCAAGUAAAACUUCUGAAUUUCCAAGAAAUAAAAAUAGCCUGAGUGUAGAAAAUUUGAAAGAAACAAAUGCACAAAAUGAUUUACCAAAUGACAACAAAAUCAAACAAGAUAAAGUGAAAGUGAUAUCUUCUAGAUAUAUGCUUACAUCAAAACAAAAAUCCAGACAUGCAACUCCAGUUUUGACUAAAAAAUUGAAAGAUAGAAAGGAUUCAUCUGAUCAAUCUAAUUCAUCAGGAAAUAAUAAUGUAAAUACUCCAGAUGUUAAGAAAAGUACAACAUCCUCAUCUAGUAAAAAGACCCAAGUAACAUCAACACCUGGCACAAAUUUGUUGCCCUUAUCUAAUGACAUGUCAUCAAUUGUGGCAGAAACUUCAGUUUUUGAUGACAUAAACAAACAUAAACUAGAUAAGCCAUUAUUAGGAAAUGUAAAAAAUAAAAUAAGUUCUGCUCAUUUAAAUUCUGCUUCUCAGAAAAUCAAUCCUGUUGUGGCUCUUCCUUCUUCAGGAAAGGCAUCAGCCUUUAAUCCGUUGGAAAUUUUAUAUUGCCAAUAUCUUCAAGCUCUGUUUCUGGAAACUAAAGCAAAAAACUCUUUGAGAAAGAAAUCUGAAAAUGCACUUGAACAGUUAUAUGGUUUAUGGGAACUAAAUCAAGAACUUUCAGAAGAGGAAAAUAAAUUAGAUUUACAAAUAGCAUUAACUGAUAAUCUGAUUCAUGUUAAUUCACAUUUAUAUUCUCAGGUAAAGUAUAUUAGAUAA